CAUCCACAUUUGAAACAAAUUUCUACAAGAAAAUGUCCAGUAAAAGUCGCCAAAACUAUCACGAAGAGUCUGAAGCUCUCGUGAAUAGGCAGAUCAACGUCGAGCUGAACGCUUACUACCAAUAUUUGGCCUUGGGCGCAUUUUACGGUCGUGAUGAUGUAGCUUUGAGCGGCUUUUCAAAAUUCUUCAAGAAAAUUGCCGAAGAGGAAAAUGAGCACGCUCAGAAGCUGAUCCAGUAUCAGAAUCUUCGAGGAGGGCGUGUGGUUUUGAACGAAGUUGGCCCUCCCGCUGAACAAGAAUGGCCAUCUCCUCUGGCAGCCAUCGAAUUCGCCCUCAAUUUAGAAAAGAAAGUCAAUCAAUCACUAUUGGACUUGCACGCUAUGGGAUCCAAGCGCAACGAUCCUCACCUUUGCCACUAUCUUGAAGGUGAAUUUUUGAAGGAUCAGGUAGAGUCUAUUAACGAGCUGGCCAAACAUCACACCAACUUAGUCCGUUUGGGAGAUGGCGUCGGAGUGUUCCUCUAUGACAAGGAACUGCAUUGUUAAACUGAAAUCAAUAAAUUAAAGUCAGUUAACUAGGCCUAGCCUAUUAUUAUGACUGAUGGCAAUAAUACGACUGAAUCUGUUGAUGGAUUAACGAUGUAAAACUUAUUGCAGAUAAAAAGUCGAAAUUCUCGUCGGUGUGUGUUAAAUGUAUAGUAGAAUCUCGCAAAAUACAAUUGAGAAUCAUUAAAUAAAGUGGGGCAUUAAAAUAAAAUCAGUUAUCA